GUAUUUGAUUUGUUUACUAAUACAGAGUUUCCGACUUUAUUUACUAAAACUAUUCUGCAAUCAUGGAUGAGAAGAACCCACUACAGAUUAGUAAAACUCCAUCUCAGGCGCCAGAGUCGAAAGAAGUAAAUAAAAGAGGGAGACCUGCUGUAAAAAAUAUUGUUAUGUUUGGCCCGCAACCUCGAUCUAUAAUGGCUCAAAUGUUAUCGGAAGCUAAGAAAUCUAAAACUAUUGUAACUGAAGAUAAGCCUGUAAUUCAAUCUGAACAAGAAACAUCACAAGAUGUAGUUGAAAUCAUUGUUUCAUGUGAUCCAAUUGAGGAACACAGGAGCUUCAAUAUAGAUGAUGACACAAAGCAUCAAACUUCAAAUCAAAAACUAGAAUGUGACUACCCCAACUGUGGUUAUUCAUGCAAAUUAUCCUCAAAUUUAAUCAAACACAAAAGAGUUCAUACGAAUGAAAAGCCCUAUUUGUGUGACAGAUGUUCAUUUAGGACAAAUUUUGUAAAUUCUUUAAAAGCUCAUAAAAGGAUACAUACAGCAGAGAAACCUUACCAAUGUGAAUAUUGUCCGUACAAAUGUAAUAGCAGUUCUAAUUUGAAAAAACAUUGUCUUCUUAAACACUCUGAAGGAGACAAGAGUAAUGAAAAAUAAUCUUAAUGCCAAUUUUUUUAAGACUGUAAUGUUAUAUUUUAAGUAGUGAUAAGGAAAGCAAAAAGACCGUAUGUGUAAGAAUUUAUUAGUGUUGGAGUAAGAUAAGAGAUUGAUUUUUAUUGUUAUUAUUUAUUGGUAAUUAUUAGAUAAGUACUUGUGAUUAUAAACUUUUACAGAUACUGUUGACUUGCUUGUAUAGUACCCGGUAUGUAAUUUAUCAAGAUUUUGCCAUAGGAAAGGUGAGUUUGUAUGUCUACUAAUUAUUUCUUUAUUUGAUUGUUAUGUUUUUCGGCUUACUCGUGUAAUUAUUUGACAAGGAACUCUACUGGUUUCAAGCCAUGCUAGAGGCUCAUUUCCAUGAGCAGCAUUUCGUAACCCGCGACGCGGCGACUGUCGCGCUACUACUGGCUAGUCGAGUCUAUGGUGUGUAACCCCUGUGUUAGGUGGGUAAGCCGAAAAACAUAUUGAUUAAUUUAGUAUGUCUCACAACAGUUAUACUAUUACUUAUUCCACACUUUCAUUUUUAACACAAAUUCCUUUUCUUAUUCUAACUUUAACUUUCUUCCAUUAAUUAAUAGAUGUGAUUUAAACUAAAUGAUAUAAAUCCAUAAAAUUUUUUAAACAAAAUUUAAAAUUAUAAUAAAAU